AUGACGACUGCGGCGAAAUCGCAAAAGGAUAAGCCUUUUGGCACAACUCCUCGAUUGGUGCCGAGGCCUACAGCUGCCUCCGCCGCGCGCGCUGCUCGCAAUGCCACUAACAGAAACUUGUCCCUGCCUUCCCAGAGGCAAUCGCCGACCCGGAUGUCUACUUGUCCUAAGGGGAAGAGUUCUCCUCAAGUUCUUCAACGUGCCCAAAAAUCAGAUUCCAAGACUGAUGUCAAGGCUAACGGGGGCUUUGAUACCGAACCAUUGGAGAGUAUCGCGCCACCGAUAGAACCUGACUCUUAUAUUAUUGAGAACUCUUCGGUAAUGAUAAUAGAAGAAGCGUCGGAUGACCAAGCUGUCUACGAUGGUGGUGCUGUUAACCUUCAGGACAUCAAUGAAAAUUGUCCCUUGGAAAUAAAAAAUAAUGAUGGCGAGCCCAAUGAAGUACAGCAACCCAUAACAAAUGAACCUGAUGCACUACAGCACAAUAUCACUCGCAAAAGCGAAUCUAAAAGUCGGCCUCAAACCCCAGCUUUGCAUAGCCGCCCCCAGACUCCUAGAAGCUUACAAUCGAGUCGUCCACAAACGCCGCGCAUGCCGAGCCGCCCCACGACGCCGGCGCACCCCGUGCAGCGCCACAGCACUCCCAGCAGCCGGCCCAACACGCCGCAACGCCACUCCAACCCAUCUCGUCCAAGAACUCCAUCUCUGAAUGUCCCACCAAGUUCUAGAAUUCUGUCGCCGGCGUCCAUUAACAGUCCAACACGUUCAUGCAAAGAUGAAGACGAUAUCAAAUCAACGUUUCUCUCAAAACAGAAGCAAUUCCAUCGUAUGAAGAAGGAAUUGGAUUUGAAGCAGCAAGCAGUACUGGAACUAUUCGAUAGUUUACGUGGAAUGCGCGAGCGCAUGACUCGCGAGGGCGUCUCGGGCUGCGGCGAGGGGAUCCAACUACAAGAACUAGUGGUAUUCAAUGUAGCGGACUGGACAGCGGACGAGGUCGCCCAGCUGUGUCGCGACGCUGUCGCCUCGGCCACUACUGAUGGCGCGGUCGAACUCAUCAACACGACCCUUCCUAUUGACGAAUGUGCCCUUGCGGAACUUGACUCUAAAGUCGCGAACGUACCUACCUGCUUUGCCGAUCUGUGUCUUCAGGCGUUUACGGCGCGACAAGAGAUCAUUGAUUGGGUCAAGGAGCUCAUCGAAAGAAGCGAAAAUGGUAAUGGCGAAUCAUUGGAGCGUAUUGCUCGAUACAAUGCUCAGGGGCUUGAACUUUGCGAGUCUCUCCGUGACCUGAAAUCCCGUGCUGAUGAAGCGGUUGACACUGUCACUCAACUCUCCAAGCGAGCCUGUCGAGAACGAAGUGCUUUGGUAGCUGUCGGAGAAUCGUUGGUGAGAGAAAUAGCACGACUUCGACAAGACCUCGAAACACGUUCUGCCGUUAUAAGUGAAUUGCAGGAAACCCGCAAUGAAUCUGACCGCAACAGGUCUUCUGAGGAAAUGCGUCGGGAGUUGGAGGAAGAACGAUCAGCAAAGGUCGCUACUAAAGAGAAGUUGGCGACCACAGAGUCCCAGCUCCGUCAAGCGCGCAUCCGUAUUACUAAGAUGGACCGGCAACUGCGUGAGGCAGAAGCAAGCAUUGCUAGUCUCACAGGCACUGUGAAGGCGCUGGAAGACCAGAGUCGUCAAAGGGAAGUGCAGUUGGAAGCCCGUGCUAGGAAAUUAAAGGAAUCGUUAAAGACCGGAGAAGUAGCCAGUAGUCAAUUAGCUCAACAACGUGACACACUACAGAAUGAAAUUCAAGAUUUGAAACACCAAAUAGAAAAUUUAACAACUCAGCACAAGGCAGCCAUACAGGAACUAACGCUCCAGCUCAAAGAUUUCAAGGCUAAUUUAGAAGAACAACGUAAACUUACACAAAAAGAGAUUGAGCUGAAGGAGGCAGCUGAAGCUGCCUUAGUAGAGAGCCAAAAUAAUAUUGAAGAAUUAAAAGCUAAAAUCACUGAAAUGGAAAAUACUAAACCUAAUCCUAAUGAUUUACCAACUGAAAGAGAAAUGGAUCUCUGGGCAGAACUGCAGGCCACUAAAGAUAGUCUACGCGUAACUGAGGAUGAAGUGACUGCCUGCAAACGGGAGAAAGUGCGAUUUUUGGAAACUCUGACUAAGAUAACUGAAUCCGAGAACAAGGUAGGAAUGCAGCAGAAACUGGCAGCCGAGCUUCUGAGCAAGGAAGAAAUAUUAGGAAAAAUGCAAACACAAAUAAGGGAACUAACAAAAAAUAUUAAAUUAAACGAGCAAAAAGUAAUUCAAUAUGAACAAUAUGUACGAGAUCUGCAGGCACACAAUCGCGCCGUGGCCAACUGUCAAGAGGCUCCCAAUGGUAUCAGCUAUCAGGACUUACAACAGGAGAUCAUGAACUUGAGAAUGGGCCUUCUCGAAGCGGUGCACCGAAACGAAGAGUUAUCAGAGCUGUUGGUGCAGAAGGAACAACAACUCGAGCAACAGGACAAGACUUCACGUGCCCAGGCAAGAGUCAUAAAGGUUCGCGAGGAGUUAAUCAAUAUGCUGAAGAACAAAGAGACUGAGCAGAGUCGCGAGCUGGCCGCGUUGCAACAAGAUCUUGAGCACCGAAUGAAAAUCGUUGAUGAAGUGAACAAACAGAUAGCAGCGAAAGCGGAAGAGAUCCAGGAGCUAUUCGCUACUUUAGAGAAUAAACAACAACAGAUUCACCGACUGGAAAAGAUCGUGUUGGCGCUUGAGGAGCAACAACGACGUGCGCAGGCGCAGCGGACGCGGCACGAGGAGAAGAUUGCCGCGCUUGAACACGAGCUUGCUGCUAGUGGGAAUCGACGAGAACGAAAGUUCCUGUUCUUCUAA